GGAGCAGCACAACUGUCAGGCUGUCCAGCCAGCGGUUCCCGGGUGCUGGAGAUGGGAGACCGAGUUCCUGCCCUGCCACAUGGACUCACCUGGCAGUAAAUCAUGAGCAUCAGUGUCUUCAUUCCCCGUCAGCCUCACCGAUCCCUGGGGCGUGCCUGGCUGGGACUCCAUGUCCCACUGUGCUGGAACAGCAUCAGCCCUUUGCAGCCCUGUCCUUCCCGAUUCUGCCAUCCUGAGCUCUGCAGCUCUGUGGCUGCUCCGUGCCAUUCUCCAGGUGCUCUGCUCUGUGCCAUUCUCCAGGGGAAGUUCACGCUGCUGCGGGACACCCGGACAGACGGCAGCUUCCUGGUGCACCAUUUCCUGUCCUUCUACCUGCGAGCUGGCUGCAAGGUUUGCUUCGUGGCCCUGCUCCAGUCCUUCAGUCACUACAGCAUCGUGGCACAGAAGCUGGGAGUCAAUCUGACAGCUGCCAAGGAGCGGGGGCAGCUGGUCUUCCUGGAAGGCCUCAAGUCCUGCCUUGAUCUGGUGUUUGGGGAGGAGGAGGAGCAGCCAGGGCAGCCCAGUCCUCUGCGGUUCCUGAGUGAGAGCAGCUCCGACCUCCGAGCCCUGUUCGACUUCGUCCGCACGUCCCUGAGUGCCCCGGACAGCGGUGCCUGGAAGGGCCCCGUGCUGCUGGUGGAUGACCUGAGUGUCCUGCUGAGCCUGGGGGCCACGCCCGUGGCCGUGCUGGACUUCAUCCACUACUGCCGGGUGUGCCUGUGCUCCCAGCUGCAGGGGAACGUUGUGGUGCUGGUUCACAGCAGCGAGGAUUCGGAAGACGAGGAGAAUGAACUGGUUGUGAACUCCCUGUGCCAUCACAGCGACCUGAUCCUGUGGGCAGAAGGGCUGGCCACCGGCUUCUGCAAGGAUGUGCACGGGCAGAUCAAGAUAAUCCAGAGGGUGUCCCUGCAGCAGGCGGGGGAGCAGGAUGUCGUGCAGAUCUACCAGUACAAGAUCCAGGACCGGAAUGUCACCUUCUUCGCCAGGGGGCUGUCGGCUGCAGUGCUGUGAGGCUGUGACAGCGUGCAGUGAGCCUGGCAAUGCCAGAGCCUGCCUCCAGCCAGCCUGGCAGCUCCACCAGCACCUUCCAGGAGCAGCACAGCAAACUGACCUGGGAGGAAGGCUCAGACACACCUGGAAGCGGUGCCAGUGCAGGGAUCGGCCUGCCCAGGGAUGCCACAUCCCUGUGUCCUCCCACCCGGUUCCCAACACGCUCAGGCCAAGAAGAGGAGCAGGAACGUGCAGGAAUGGCCCUUGGAGCGUGUGAGCACAGGCAGGGGGAUGCCUCGUGGGCUGGGUGUGCCUCACCUUUUCCGGUGCCCUCUGCUCCUGCUGGCAGGCUGCAGAUGACACAGCAGGCGGGGCAGGGAUGGUGUAAUGCUCUCCUUGUCCCAGCUCUGGCUGGGGGAGAGCUGCUCAAUUCCAGCUUCCACAGGGGGUGAAUCCACAGCUCCACGUGCAGCCCCUCAUGCUGCAGUGGGACCUGCAUGUUGCCUUGAAUGGCUGAUCCCUUGUGCUUCCCAAGCUCAUCCUUGGCUUAGGGGCUGGAUAAACCCCUUUCCAUGAGCCUCUGUCUCAGCCACUGCUUCUCCAUCCCAAAUCCUGACCAGCAGUUACAUGACCUGCCUGUACUGAAGCAUUUUUUGGGGAUAAUAAUCCCUAAUUUGAAUGAGAUAAGAGUACAGUGAUAAAGUAA